AUGGCGACUUUUUCGUGCUACGCGGCGACGGCAGUGUUAUCGCAUCGACGUUCUAAUUCAAGGCUAAUUGAUUUCAGUUGCAGAAAUGGAAGCUGUAAGCUGUUUUUGACGAGAAGAAGGGUAAAUUCGUCAUUUUAUGUGAAGAGUGUUUCCAGUGAGCCGAAGCAAGAAGUAAUUGAUCCGAUCACUGAAGAAGGAGUUCAUAGUUAUCAGAGUUCGUUUAAACCUGAUGCUGCAUCUAUUGCCUCAAGUAUCAAAUACCACGCCGAGUUCACACCAUUAUUUUCUCCUGAACAUUUUGAGCUCCCCAAGGCUUUCUAUGCUACUGCCCAAAGUGUACGUGAUGCAUUAAUCAUCAAUUGGAAUGCAACAUAUGAUCUUCAUGAAAAGAUGAAUGUAAAACAAGCAUACUAUUUAUCAAUGGAAUUUCUACAGGGUAGAGCAUUGUUAAAUUCAAUUGGUAAUUUGGAGCUCUCUGGUGAAUACGCAGAAGCUUUGAAAAAGCUUGGUCACAGUCUUGAAUCGGUAGCUUCACAGGAGCCAGAUGCUGCUCUUGGAAAUGGGGGUUUGGGGCGACUCGCUUCCUGUUUUCUGGACUCAUUGGCAACCUUAAAUUAUCCAGCAUGGGGUUAUGGACUUAGGUACAAGUAUGGCUUAUUUAAGCAGCUGAUUACAAAAGAUGGACAAGAGGAGGUUGCUGAAAAUUGGCUCGAAAUGGGCAAUCCUUGGGAAAUUGUGAGAAAUGAUGUCUCAUAUCCUGUGAAGUUUUUCGGCAAAGUUCUUACAGGAUCGGAUGGGAAGAGUCGUUGGAUUGGUGGAGAAGAUAUAGUUGCUGUUGCAUGUGAUGUGCCAAUACCAGGAUAUAAAACCAAAACCACAAUCAACCUUCGACUGUGGUCCACUAAGGUUCCAUCUGAACAAUUUGAUUUAUAUGCUUUCAACGCUGGAGAACACACGAAAGCAUGUGAAGCCAAAGUAAAUGCUGAGAAGAUCUGUUACAUACUCUACCCUGGGGAUGAAUCAACGGAGGGAAAGAUCCUAAGACUGAAGCAACAAUAUACCUUGUGCUCAGCUUCUCUUCAAGAUAUAAUUGCACGAUUUGAGAAGAGAUCUGGUGGAAAUGAGAUAUGGGAAGAGUUUCCGGAAAAGGUUGCAGUUCAAAUGAAUGACACUCACCCAACACUAUGUAUUCCAGAGUUAAUGAGGAUUUUGAUGGACUUCAAGGGCAUGAGUUGGGAGAAAGCUUGGAGUAUUACACAGAGAACUGUGGCAUACACAAAUCACACUGUUUUGCCUGAGGCCCUGGAGAAAUGGAGUUAUGAACUAAUGCAAAAACUGCUGCCAAGACACGUUGAAAUUAUAGAGAUGAUUGAUGAACAGCUAAUUCAAGACAUAAUAUCAGAAUAUGGCACAUCAAAUCCUGAAAUGUUGGAGAAAAAAGUGAAUGCAAUGAGAAUUUUGGAAAAUUUUGAUCUGCCUGCAUCUUUGGCUGAUUUAUUUGCUAAACCAGAAGAAAUCCUUAUUCAUGAAACUAGCGAUGAAGUUGUGCCUGUUGAUGAAGAUGAACUUGAAGGAAAAGACCCACAGGAGGAGAAAGUUGUAAAACCCGAACAAGCUCCUAUACCGCCGAAGAUGGUCCGGGGUGAAGAUGAACUUGAAGGAAAAGACCCACAGGGGGAGAAAGUUGUAAAACCCGAACAAGCUCCUAUACCGCAGAAGAUGGUCCAGGGUGAAGAUGAACUUGAAGGAAAAGACCCACAGGAGGAGAAAGUUGUAAAACCCGAACAAGCUCCUAUACUGCCGAAGAUGGUGCGGAUGGCUAACCUUUGUGUUGUAGGUGGUCAUGCCGUUAACGGAGUUGCAGAGAUCCACAGUGAAAUAGUUAAAAAGGAAGUCUUUAAUGACUUUUUUCAGCUCUGGCCUGAGAAGUUUCAGAACAAAACAAAUGGUGUAACGCCUAGAAGAUGGAUCCAUUUCUGCAAUCCAGAUCUAAGUACCAUUAUUUCUAAGUGGAUAGGUACAGAGGAUUGGGUCCUGAAUACUGAGAAAUUGGCAGAACUGCAGAAGUUUGCAGAUAAUGAGGAUCUUCAAAUUGAGUGGAGGGCAGCCAAAAGAAGCAACAAGAUCAAGGUUGCUUCAUUCCUCAAAGAUAAGACAGGGUAUUCGGUUAACCCAGAUGCAAUGUUCGAUAUCCAGGUAAAACGCAUUCAUGAAUACAAGCGACAACUAUUAAAUCUCUUGGGAAUUGUUUAUCGCUAUAAGAAAAUGAAAGAAAUGACCGCAGCAGAAAGGAAAGAAAAGUUUGUUCCUCGAGUUUGUAUAUUUGGAGGAAAAGCAUUUGCCACAUACGUACAAGCAAAGAGGAUUGUAAAAUUUAUCACAGAUGUUGGAGCUACCAUAAAUCAUGAUCCAGAUAUUGCUGAUUUGUUAAAGGUUGUAUUUGUUCCAGAUUACAAUGUGAGUGUUGCUGAAUUAUUAAUUCCCGCAAGUGAACUUUCACAACAUAUCAGUACUGCCGGUAUGGAGGCCAGUGGGACCAGCAACAUGAAGUUCGCAAUGAACGGCUGCGUAUUGAUUGGGACCUUGGAUGGUGCCAAUGUUGAAAUUAGGGAGGAAGUUGGCGAGGACAACUUUUUCUUAUUUGGAGCUAAAGCUCAUGAGAUUGCAGCACUUCGGAUAGAGAGAGCCAAGGGCAAGUUUGUGCCAGAUGAACGCUUUGAGGAAGUCAAGGAAUUUGUUAGGAAUGGUGCUUUUGGGCCUUAUAAUUAUGAUGAACUAAUGGGGUCCUUGGAAGGGAAUGAAGGAUUUGGCCGUGCUGACUACUUCCUUGUGGGCAAGGACUUUCCAAGUUACAUCGAAUGCCAAGAGAAGGUUGAUGAUGCAUAUCGAGAUCAAAAGAGAUGGACAAAAAUGUCUAUACUGAAUACAGCAGGCUCCUUCAAGUUCAGCAGUGACAGAACAAUUCAUGAAUACGCCAAAGACAUAUGGUGUAUCAAACCCGUUGAGCUACCUUAA